AUGAAACUACCACUGUUAUUUCUCUUUUUGGUCUAUGUUUUAACGCUUUCACUAGCAAAUAUUAAAACGGUUCGUAACUCUCAGCAUCUGAAAUCUCUAUUUAAUGAUGUCUCUUCAUUUUCUCUAUUUAAUUCUGCUGAGAGUGGUCUUUGUCUACCAGUUCUUGGUCUCGGCACAGGUUUCUAUGGUAUAAACAAUGAGCCCUAUGGCACAUAUCCCGAAUGUGGCAGUGAGCCACGUGGUGAUCCUCCAGUUCCUCCGCCACCUGGUUGUGGUCCUAAUACACAAAAAGCAGUGUAUACAUGGUUGAGUAAAGCAGGUGGACUUCGACUUGAUUGUGCCAAUUCGUACUAUAAUCAACGAUCCGUUGCUCGUGGCAUUGAGCAAAGUGGUAUCGAUCGAUCUCAAAUUUUCAUUUUGAGCAAAGUCAGUCCAACAUUUCCUUUGGGAUUUAAUGAAACAAUACAGCAAACACUGGAUAUCCUACAAGAACUGCAGACGACUUGGAUUGAUUUAUUGCUCGUACAUUGGCCAAUUAUGCAACAUCCAGGUCAGUCGUAUGUACCAAAGAGUACUGAUCCAGCAUGUAAUACCACUAACCCAUUGACAUACAAUGAAAAGCAAUGUCGUUUAUCAACUUGGUCCGCCAUGCUUGCAUUAUUCGACCUUGGGCUAGUUCGUUCCAUUGGUGUAUCAAACUAUAAUAUUACACAUUUGCAAGAAAUCAUUGAUGCUGGAAUGCCAUUACCAAGUGUCAAUCAAGUUUCCUUUCAUCCGUACAAUUGUCGAACUGGACGAGCAGACUUACUUGCAUUUUGUCAGAAAAAUCGUAUUCAAUUAGUGGCCUAUUCACCGUUCGGUGCGCUCGACGCACACCAAUUUCCUGUCAAAGAUCAAAAUAAAAGAAUAACUAGCUUGUCUCGUACAUUGCUCGAAGAUCCAACCAUUACUUCAUUAGCCAACAGCUAUAAGCGGACUCCAGCACAGAUUUUAUUGCGUUGGAUUUAUCAGCUGGGUGUUGCGUUCAAUCCGCGCUCGAUGAACGAAACUCACAUGAUAGAAAAUCUUGAGAUUCUUUCAAAUCCAUUUACGAUCAGCGAUGCCGAUAUGAUUCGCAUUAUCAAUCUGCCUCAAGAUACAUGUGACAUCGAUCCCGAUUGGUACCAAUGUAUAGGAAAUGGGACUUUGCCAUGA